CUUCUUGCUUAACUUUUAUAAAUUCCUCGUCACCUCUCCCAAGUUAGACUCAUCUUUUUUUCUUCUCCACAUCCACAAGAUUGAGUAUAGCCUUAGUUAACUAGACCAAGAAUUUCAACCAAUUAUCAUCAUCUUCAUUACUAGAUCCAUGCAUCCACCCAUGAUCCAUGUUACCAAAAUCACACCAAACUCCUAUCUCUUUCCUUUUGACCACAUGCCAUGAAUUCUAAAAUCAAUCACUUUUUUCAAACCACCGAUUUUUUCCUUCUCUCAUCCAGCUAGCUAGCUUUAGACAAAUCCCAACCAAACCCACCUGAAUAACACUACCUUUUCAACAUCAAAUAUCUCAAACCACUAUAAAACCUAUAUAUACACACAUAUAUACAUGUAUCUCAACUUAUACAAAAAACAAAAUAAAAACAUCUUGUGCUCAAGCUCAAUAACACACACAUAUAUAUCCUAGCUCAAAACUUUGAUAUGUCAGCUGCCGUGGCUGCCGCCGCCUCCGCCGCUAUCUCCGGCUAUCAAAACUCCUCCUCAAGCAGCAGCAACCAUAGUGAAGAGUUAAUAACUUCACAAAGAAUGCAAGUUUCUGUUGCUCCACCACUAAGCAGAUACGAGUCACAAAAGAGACGUGACUGGAAUACUUUCGGUCAAUACCUAAAAAACCAUCGUCCACCACUAACACUCUCUCGUUGCAGCGGUGCACACGUUCUUGAGUUUCUUCGUUACUUGGAUCAGUUUGGAAAAACCAAAGUUCACUCUGAAAACUGUGCUUAUUAUGGAAUCUCACAUCCACCAGGUCCAUGUCCUUGUCCUUUGAAGCAAGCUUGGGGGAGUCUUGAUGCUCUUAUUGGUAGGUUACGUGCUGCUUUUGAAGAGAACGGUGGUUCGUCGGAGAUGAACCCUUUUGGAGCACGUGCUGUGAGAUUGUAUCUUAGGGAAGUUAGAGAUGCUCAAGCUAAGGCUAGAGGAAUUGCUUAUGAGAAGAAGAAAAGGAAGAAGGUGAAUGUUCAAAAUCAACAAAAUGGGUCAAUGAUGGUGGAUCAGGAUCAUGGUAUAGUGCAUUCAGGGUAUGGUCAUGGUGGUGGCUAUGUUGAUCAGUACUCAGUUUUAAAUGGGAUAGCUUCUAGGAAUGCUGCUGCAGUUUCUUACUUCUCAAAUUAGUGUAUUUAAGAUAUAUACUUGAAUUAUUAUAUAUAUUACGCAUAAGAUUUCAUGCAUGUGUUGGUAGAAUUUGUAGAAUCAUAAGGGUGUGGUCAUUAUUAAUAGCCUAUUAUAUCAAUUCUGUAGUGUAAUAGUUAACAGUGAAAUUUCGUUCUAUCUUAUGGUUUGGUUUUUAGGGUAAGGAAAGUUGUAAUUUGAUUAAUGAUAUUCUCUUAUUUAUCUAUUCAUUUGGAACAGCUUGCAUUAUAUGAUACAUCUAUUAUUCG